UCCUCCUUCCCGCCGUCCUUUCGGACACUGUCAUGGCGUCGGAUGGGGAGAUUGUGAGGCGCGUGUGCGAGACGGACGGUUGUGACCGGGAGGCGCGGCUGCAGUGUCCUACCUGCAUCAAACUUGGCAUUCAGGGCUCUUUCUUCUGCUCGCAGGAGUGCUUCAAAGGAAGUUGGUCAACUCAUAAGCUGCUACAUAAGAAAGCCAAAAAUGAAAAGUCUAAAGAAGAAUCUUCUAAAUCUGAGAAAGGUGAAAUUAAUACAGAUCCCUGGCCUGGAUAUCGAUAUACGGGGAAAUUGAGGCCACACUACCCUUUGACUCCCAUGAGAUCUGUUCCCAGUUAUAUCCAGGGACCUGAUUAUGCUGAUCAUCCAUUAGGUGUUUCUGAAUCUGAGCAGUCCUUAAAGGGAACAUCUCAAAUCAAAAUUUUACCUCCAGAAGACAUAGAAGCAAUGCGGGUAGUAUGUCGACUUGCCCGAGAGGUUCUAGAUGUUGCUUCGAUGAUGGUUCGAUCAGGGGUAACAACUGAAGAAAUUGAUCGUGCUGUUCAUAUGGCCUGCUUGGCAAGAAACUGUUAUCCAUCACCACUCAAUUAUUACAAUUUUCCAAAGUCAUGCUGUACCUCAGUUAAUGAGGUGAUCUGCCAUGGAAUUCCAGAUGCACGACUAUUACAGGAUGGUGAUAUUGUUAACAUUGAUAUUACAGUCUACUACAAUGGUUUCCAUGGUGAUUUAAAUGAGACAUUUUUUGUGGGUGAUGUUGAUGAAGGAUCGAAGAAGUUGGUGCAGACAACGUAUGAAUGCCUAAUGCAGGCUAUAGAUGCAGUAAAGCCGGGUGUUCGGUACAGGGAGUUGGGCAAUAUUAUACAGAAACACGCACAUGCGAAUGGCUUUUCAGUAGUUCGAAGUUAUUGUGGGCACGGGAUCCACCGACUUUUCCACACUGCACCUAACGUGCCUCAUUACGCUAAAAAUAAAGCUGUUGGAGUGAUGAAACCUGGUCACGUGUUUACCAUUGAGCCUAUGAUUUGUGAUGGAGCUUGGCAUGAUGAAACAUGGCCAGACAGCUGGACUGCUGUAACAAAGGAUGGCAAGCGUUCGGCACAGUUUGAGCACACACUUCUUGUCACAGAAACUGGCUGUGAGAUCUUGACACGGCGCUUGGAGGACAAUGGUCGCCCUUACUUUGCAUCGCAGUUGUAGCCUGCCACCUUUGCUGCUGUUCAGUGGCAGUCCCUCAGUGUCUUCACCUCAUGAUCAGCCAAUGCCUUAAGGCACUGAUUCAUUUGUUAUUUAGUUUUUUUUUGGUGGGCUUUAGAUGCUGCAAAGCACUGAAUGCCCAAACAACCUUUUUGCAACAUACCUUCUGCCCUCAUCCUCUCUUCCAGAGUGCCUCUGGUCCGAACAUCGGUUCCUACUGUCUGUAUAGUCAUAGAACACUACAGCACAGAAAAGGCCCUUCGGUGCAUCUAGUCUGUUCCAAACCAUUAAUCUGCCUAGUCCCAUCAAACCUAUACCUGGACCAUUGCCCCCCAUGCCCCUUUCAUACAAUUACCUGUCCAAAUUUCUCCUAAAUAUUGAAUUUGACCCUGCAUCCACCACUUGCGCUUAAAUCUUGUAUCUUAAAUGUUUCUUGAUGGAAUAAAAUUUGUGGCUCUAUUCAUAGAUUGUGGGCUAUUGUUUAAAAAGAAAUUUAAGUUGUUGCCGGCUUCCAAAAGAUUAGCUAGUAAAUCUCCAAUUAUUAGUUCUGUGAAUGUGCUUCUGUGAAAAAGGUAGCAAAAGCUGUGACAAAAGGAACCAAUUAGUUGUAAUCUUGUUAAUCAGAUAAAACUUUUUCUAAUCAGCUAUGAAUUUUAAAAUCCUGAAUGUUUGGGUUUGACUAAUAUCAACACACUUGCAAACUAUUUUUGCCCAGAUUGCAAAAGUUGCUAUGCUUGUCUAAUCAAGACAAAAUUAGGUUUAGUUUAAAUUAAAUAUUUAUUUUUUUCCUCUGACAGUUAAAUGCUGGUCAUAUUGUUGUUAGGAAAUUGAAAUUUGGAAUGGGGCAGAGUAACAUUUUGUCCCUUUUAAACUUUUAAUGCAACCCCAUUGUUAAUUCAAACAUCAGAUUACAUGAUGAUAUGCUGUAUGUGAUGUAUGCUGUUUACAUUGCCCUUUCACCACAGGGGAAAGAAACCUAUCCCUUGUAAAGCCACAGAAUUUUAAGCACUAUUAAAGAGAUUUAACACUA